ACCAGAGUUGUUUCCCUUUAACGGAAGUUGACCUGUUUGACUUUUCGGGAUGGCGAUGCUUGUGAAAUAUGGGGUCUCUUUAGGGAAACUAGGGCUUCUCGGGGGAGCUGUUGGGGUGACAACCCACUAUGGUGUGUGGGGAAACACAGAACAAGGAGUGAACGCCUACGAACAGCUUCAGGAUCUGGUGGAGCCCUACACUCCAGAGGAACUCUCACAGGUCAAGUCUAUGACAACCUCGGCAUUUAACAGUCGCCUGGAGAGUAGUCCUCGCUCAUCAGGCGCCAGUAAAAACUCGCCAUCAACCUUUACGGAAGUAUACAACAAAGGUGUCCAGAAAACGUUUGAGUUUAUGGUAAAUUCUCCAGGUAUGGUCAGUGGAAGCAUGAAUAACUUGACCAACACUGUUAAAGAGCAGUUCAAGGAGAAGUAGGAUGUGGAAUUCCUGGUAUAGUGUGACAUGUUGGUGUUGUACCACAGGAAAGCAAGUCUUGACACAAACAGGCCGUAAUUAUUACCUACUGGGUGGAGAUUUAAACUAGAAUCGGUAAAUGUACGUCGACCGCUCCGGAGACCUGAUGCGUGUGUUAUUGUCAUUAUUUACUGUGUAUCCCGUUAUGUUUUGUUGACAUUUGUAAAUAAAUCUAUUAUAGAAAAUACUAA